CACCAGUAGACCACCCGUAAUUAUUGAAUUGCAGAUGAUGCGAGGCUCGUCCAAGGUAUGUAUCGACUAUCUGCCAGCUUCCAGCCCGCCCUCCCCUGCAGCAUGAUGAAUUCUUCUAUAUAUUGGAGCUGUCCGAGCACAUUAUGCGGACAAACCUAAUUACAUACGCAUUCAAUCUGAAUCUGCCCCUGUCACCACAGCUUGUGUCACUGCCAUUGUUUCUCGUCGCGUCUGCCACCGAUUCUAAUUGUCAGUAGUCAUCACAGGACCCAAGCGAACACACCUUUCAGCCUCCUUGAUUUCCCCCCAAACCACACCAAACUCAAUUCACGAUCUCCCCACCACCUCACCGCAUCGACUCCGGUCACAUCUCCAUAAUGGCCUACGAUCCCCGACUCCCCAGUGCAGGCACUGCGACCACUCCUUCCCCUCCUCCCCCUCCGCCACCACCCCCGGAAACCAUGAGGACCCAACAACCUCAACCCGCCCCCUCCAACGAGGCCACCCCCACCCCAGAUUCGGAGUCCUACAAACUCCGUUUCUGCACCGUCUGCGCUUCCAACCAGAACCGCUCCAUGGAAGCGCACCUCCGUCUCUCCACAGCCCCCAGCCCCUUCCCCGUGAUCUCCUUCGGGACCGGCUCCCUCGUCCGGCUCCCAGGGCCCUCCAUCACCCAACCCAACGUCUACAACUUCAACACCACCUCGUACUCACAAAUGUACGAUGAGCUCUACUCCAAAGACGAGCGUCUGUACCGCAACAACGGCCUCCUGAACAUGCUCGAACGCAACCGCAACCUGAAAUGGGGCCCGGAGCGCUUCCAGGACUGGGUACCGGGUCAGCCGCGGGUCGACCACGUCUCCAAGGGCGACAAGGGCGCCCUGGGCACGGAAGGCGGCGUCGUCGACGUGAUCAUCACCUGCGAGGAGCGGUGCUGGGAUGCCGUGGUGGACGAUCUCAUGAACAAGGGUUCCCCACUGAACCGGCCCGUGCAUGUCUUUAAUGUGGAUAUUAAGGAUAACCACGAGGAAGCCUUGGUCGGCGGCAAGGCAAUCCUGGAGCUAGCGAACCGGUUGAACGAAGCCGCCUCCCUGGAGAGGAAGGCCACUGGUUCCGAAGGCUGGGAGAACGGAAUGGGCGAAGCCAGACGGAACUUUGAUGCCCGCGUGCCGGAGAUCCUCGCCGAGUGGCAGGAGAAAUGGCCUCAUUUGCCAGCUUUGUGGACGUUAGCUUGGCUUUGAUUUCAGAUUUAUUAGAUCUGUUAGAUUCAUCCAAUAAUAUUC